AUGGCCACCGAGACGUACGUAACCCCAGUGGCCUUCGAGGGGUACGUGAUCACGGCCACCGUCACGUCCUCCGGCAAGGCCGUGGAGGACUGGAUCCAGGAGAUCUACUCCAGUUACCACCGACUCCUCCACAAACUCAUCGUCGGGCUCGACGUCGAGUGGCGCCCUAGCUACAGCAGGGUGCAGAACCGCGUCGCGCUCCUGCAGCUCUGCGUCGGCCGCCACUGCCUCAUCUUCCAGCUCCUCCACGCCGACUACAUCCCCGAGGCCCUGGAAGAGUUCCUCGACGACCCCGACUUCCGCUUCGUCGACGUCGGCGUCCAGGACGACGCCGACCGCCUGAGCCAAGACCACGACGUCGACGUGGCCAACACGGAGGACCUGCGCCAGCUCGCGGCGGACGGGUUUCACAUGCCUGCGCUCCGCCAGUCCGUCAUGGGAGCGAACCUUCAGAAGCCGCAUAGGGUGAGGAUGGGCCCGUGGGACGCCUCCUGUCUCUCGCAGGAGCAGAUCGAGUACGCCUGCAUCGACGCAUUCGUCUCCUUCGAGAUCGGCCGGAAGCUGCUCACCGGCGACUAUCCUUGA